ACCACUUCCUGUUUCAUUUUCAAUUUCAUCGCAGUCAAGGAGAUUAAAAGUAGUUCUAAACUCCUUGAUCGCAGUCUAUAUAUUUUGUCAAGUUCAAGUACUCUGUAGUCUUCUUUCCUACCAACUUCACAGAGUUAAACAUUUUAUUCCGUAGUGAAAACGAUGGGAUCUACCUCAAAAUCAAAGUCUCCAGCUGCUGCUGAAACGAUGGAAAUCUUGAUGGAGAUUUCCCAGCUAUUGAACACUGGGUUGGAUGAAGAGACGAUGGCGUUGUGCUUGCGACUGUGUGAGAAUGGUGUCAACCCACAGGCCCUGGCGCAGGUCAUCAGAGAGCUGAGGAGAGAAUCUGCCGAUAUUCGGGCGGAGUCCUCUGGUGGUGGAGAUGGAUUAUCUGCCCGGGAAGCGUGAACUGGAGCACUUCUGUUUUGUUAGCCCACCUUAACCUAUGAGUGUUUGUGAUGUGUUAGGAAAUGAGCGUGUGUACAAGUGUAUCCAAGUGAUUAUGAAGGGGGUUGGAGUGGUGUGUGGUGGUGGACUUGCUGGGAAAGAGAAUUUGCUGCGCGUGCUUUAAGUUUUAUUGGUGAUGUGCAUAAUGUUGUUACUGUGAAAUAUUUGUAGACUUACUUGUUCUUGUUUAUGAUACAUGUAUGUAGGCUUUGUUUUGCACUCUGAAUAACAGGCCUGUUAUGAAUCUCCCUCUUCUUCCUCUCUUGAGAAAGCUGUGACUCCCUUUGAAAAGAAAA